AUGGGCUGGUACAAGGACUUCAAAGAAUCCUUCUGGCCGGACGCAAAGGACACUGAACAGUCUACCACAAAUGCGGCGGCGGCACGAGGGCGAGCGGUGGAUGCAUUUAUGGCAGCGGAGGCGGCAUUAGGUGGAAAGCGAGCACGUGAAGCAGACGGCGAGGCAAGAGGCGGUAAGAAGGUGAAGCAGAGUGGCAGCGAGGAGGACGAUAACUUGACUGCGAACUAUACGAGACAUCCGGAGGCGAGGUCGAUUGCAAUACCGGGUGGCGGGCAACUUCCUGUGGAUACGGAUUGGGGUGGGAAGCCUGGUGCGAGUCAGGCUUCGGCGAAGAUGCCACCUGUGAGAGGUGGUCGUGGACUGCGAUACAUGAACACGCUGGGCGACAGUGCACCGCAAGCAGCGAAGCACCCGGGCAUAUUCGGACAAUAUGCCGCAAAUCACCCGCGUACAGGACGACCACAGCAGGCAACCACGAGGACACAGCCAGGAUCUGCGAGGAAUGGCAUUGCACCUAGAUCUUCAGCGGUGGAGGAUGCAGAGGACCCUAUCGAGGACGACACGGCGUCUCAGCAGUCAGCGCGUAAGAAGAGAAAGAUUGCGGGCGGGAAGGCACAUACUACUGUGGAUCUUACGGACGACGAUGAUGCUACACCAACCCCAUUGGGUCGGCAGAAAUAUGAUAGACGAGGGUCUGGAGGGAGUCAAGUGUCCAACGUCUCGAAGAAGUCGAAGAACCGAACGCCUUGGGCUCCGACCGAGCGUCAGGCCGUGGAUUCGUUCGUGAAGGUCAAACCGGGUGAAGUGAAGAACGCCUUGACUGCCACCAACUUGCGCUCUCCGUCGGAGAUGCAGCAAGCGGCUUCGUCUCAGCUUAAGGCCAACGAGGGCAGUGCAAUCACUAUCGACGACGAGGAUUCUGCCCAAACCAAUGGUAAUGCUGUCGACAGCACACAUUCUGGACCUAAUGAGGUAAAUCCCCGGAAGAAACUGUCGAUCGAUCUGACAGCGGGCUUUGGGGAGGUUGAUGCGGCGGUACAUCGUAGACAGCAAGCGCUGCGGAAGCCACAGCAGCAACCUAUCAAGCAGCCACCUCGACCACGUACAGACGCAGACAUCAAGGGUGUAAACGACAUCAUGAGCGCAGCAAUGAGCAAUAAGUCGAAGUCGGUGAAGAACAAUCAGCCUAGGCCAACUGCGCGACGAUCGCGUGAGCAGAGUCACGACACGAACGAUGGGUCCUCCAAUCACUACAGCCGACCAGCUUCGCGGCAGGGACCUCCGGACUCGACGUCGUUGCAGAAGAAGUUCAUCCGCGAUGACUCGAACGCACCUACGUCGAAACGACAGACUGCAACUCAGAGGAUGCAGACAAGCAGUCAGACCUCACCGAAGCGGACUGAUCAAACUCCGCACGAAGAUAGUGUUGAUGAGCUUGAAUGCCCUCCGACUGUCCGAGGGUCGGCAUCACGCCAGGUUUCGCCGGUGAAGCCUUCGCCGGCUCAGUCGCAUACCAAUGGGCAAUCUUCCUCCGGGCAAUUUUCGCCGAGCAACAUCAAACCUACGAACUUCAAGGGAUCCAACGUGAAUGGUCUGCCACUUCCAGCGUUCUCCCAGCCACAGACAUCAGAUGUGGAGUCCUUACAAGACGGCGCAGACGAUGGAGUGCGCAUUCCUAUCAAGGGCAUCUUCUGUAAAGCGAUAUGUUCGGACGUAAAAGGCCUCGAGCUCGUUUGGGACGACAGCGAGAAUGCGUUCUUUGUUCUCGCAGGUAAGCAGCGACAGCGGGCACCGCGCGACAAUCAACCGAUCACAAUCAGUCAGCGCGAGCUCUCGCAGUGGAACCAUACUCGUGAUGACACCGCAGUCUAUCUCAAGGGCUCAGCAACCCCGUUCAGUACUGGUUCGAUCGUUUUGGACUUCAAGGAUCUCGACGGACUUCAUGAUUGCUUCAACACGCUUCACAGCGACGCCCUAUCGGUCAGAACACUGUCUCAAACGAUUAUGGAAAAGUUGUUCAAAAAGCAACACAACGAGCAAGUGAUCGCGAACGAAAGAGAAAAGUCUCUGGGGCGAUCAGCACCAGUCAUUCCUAAUCAAAACUUGGGUCGAAAGGCUCAGGCUCGACCACGUCAGGACGAUGAUGAACAGAUUGUGUACGAGCCCAGUGCACCUCCUCCGAAACAAUUCUCCAGACCUGCCGGAGCUCGUGAGCGCAUGCAAAUUGAUGAAGCUGAGACGCUGGCGCAAGCACUCGAUAACGACGGGUAUCACAACGUACGGCAAGACCAUCAGAAUGACAAGACUUCUCGAUUCUUCGAAAAUGGCGGCACCAGUGGAACCAGGCGGUCCACACGACAAGCCAAGCCUAUACAGUACGAAGAGCGUGCACCGUCUCCGAUGGUCGAGAAGUGGACAAAGAUUCACAAACCCGAGCCAUGGGCCCAUCCUGUGCUGUAUCCACCAGAAGGUGCGAAGCGUGUGACGGUCGAGUUCCACGAUCUUGGGCGAUUGGAUGAAGAGGAAUGGCUCAACGACAAUCUCAUCAACUACGAGCUGAAGCACAUCGAGAAUCAGAUGGACCCUAAGCAUCGCCAAUUGGUGCACUUCUUCAAUACGUUCUUCUUCACUUCGGUGUCCACGAAUGGUUCGAAGAGGGGUUUCAACUACGAUGCGGUCAAGCGAUGGACAAAGAAUAUCGACAUCUUCACCAAGCCUUACGUGGUCGUGCCUAUUAGCGAGAACCUACAUUGGUUCGUUAUCGUUAUAUGCAAUCUCCACAACCUGCCACGAAAGUUCGCCGCCGUUGAGGAGGAAGUGACGAUGGAGGAUUUUGCGUCGGACGAAGUCGUAGAUUCCGACGCUGCUGCCGUGAAGAAUGGUUCACCGCUGUCGGAGAACAAUCAUCCGCAGUCUCGGCAGUCUCCCGAGACGGCAGCUGUUCAGGCUGUCAGCCCUCCACCAGCUGUAGCGCAGGAUGGUCAGGAGGAUGGCCAGGCUAUCGCCGAAGCUAUAGCAGCAGAUGAGAAUACUGAUGGACCAGCUGGAGAGACUUUUACUUUUGACGACGAUGGCAAGGUCACGGACACGCAGCAGCUCACAGCACCUGAGGAAGACAGACAAAGCAGCCGCCCAAGUACCGCCACCAGCAAGAAGUCAAAGAAGAAAGGCCCAGGACCGAGAAAGUUUGAUCCCGAACAGCCGAUUUUGAUUGCUCUAGACUCAUUCGGUAAUGGGCGAACGCCGGAGAUGAAGGUCGUCAAACAAUGGAUUGCCGCUGAAGCCAAAGAAAAGCGCGGUAUGGAGGUAGAUUUGCAGAAGCUGCAAGGCAUGAAUGCGCGUGGUCUUCCGGUACAGCGCAACUUCUCGGACUGUGGCGUCUAUCUCGCGGGCUAUAUCCAUGAAUUCGCCAAGGAUCCUCAAACGUUCAUUACCAAAGCCAUACUGAGGGAAAUGGAACAGGAGGAUCUGUUCGCCGACUUCAAUCCCGUCAAGAAGCGGGAUGACAUGCGCGAGAGGUUACUGCAGCUGCAUGAAGAGCAAGAACGUGAACGCAGUGCGCGGAAGAAGGCCAAAUUUGCAGCGAAGCAUGGGGUAGCGCCGCAGGUCGCUAAGGUGGCUGACGUCGGAAAGAUUGAAGCUGCAGCGGCGAAGUCACCAGCUCCGAAAUCGAGUCCAGCACCAGCGAAGUCACCAGUUCCCAAGUCAAGCCCACCUCCUCUGAUGGGCGACUCUGACAAGCUUAUGCCGAAGGAUGGAACCGUGGCUGCGCAGAUGCAGCAGGAGAUGUCCAGCGCGACCGCUGCAGGUGAGGAUGAACUUCCCUAUUCGCCACCACGCGCAUUAGGCGCGAAAGCUGACAGUGAUGAGCCGUCUGAUCCGCUACCUUCGGGCGAUCGCGAGCCUUUCGAUGACGAAGACGAAGAGAUGCUCGACGACCGCGAGGAGGUGGUGCCCGGGAAUUUCCGAUUCCCUUCUCCUUCUGAACGUCCUUCCACGAACGUCUUUACUCAAGAUUUGCCUGUUGCACCGGCAGCAGCUACAGUAUCCGCAGCACCUCCAGAGACGAGCCAGGCUAGCAGUUUGCUUGAUGGAAUCUUGGCGUACGCUCCACCAUCGGAUCAUCAGCAGGAGGCUGAAGAAAAGACCAUCAUCAAUCUUGAUGAAGACGAUGACGAGGAGCAGCCAUCACAGCAGUUGGAGCCGGUAAUACCGGACUCUCAGGAGAAAGAGAACCAUCUGGUUGCAGGGAGAAAGGAGGACCCAUUUGAGUUUUAG